AUGUUCGCACUCCGCUCUCUCCUCUAUCGCCCGGUGGCGGCGCCCUUUCGUGCAUUCUCCACAAGUGCUCCCGCCACUGCGACAUUCAACCAAGUAAUUCGAGGGGCGCGCAAGCCCCAGCCCGCGCGCAAACCGGUCUCCCCCGCCAUGUCUACCACGGGGAAUCCAUGUAUGAAGGGCGUAUGUCUCAAGGUCACAGUCAUGAACCCGAAAAAACCCAAUUCGGCGGACCGGAAAGUCGCGAGGGUGAGGUUGAGUAAUGAUAAGGUGGUUACGGCAUAUAUACCUGGUGAAGGUCACAAUGUACAGCAGCACUCGGUGGUGCUGGUGCGCGGUGGAAGAUCCCAGGAUUGUCCAGGUGUGAAAUACCACUUGAUACGUGGAGCACUUGACUUGGGAGGCGUGGGAAACCGCACAACAUCAAGGUCAAAGUAUGGUACAAAGAAGCCGAAGUCGGGUGCGGUAUAG